AUGCCCGAGAAUAUGAAUGUCAGCCAAAAGAGGGGCGACUUUGCGGUCAAGACAUCACUCAAUGAGUUGUUUACAAAUGGUUUCGAUUGCGAACAGAUUUGGGAACAAAUCCAACUCCAGAACCGACCCGUUCUCGACCUCCUGGUCGCCAAAGUGGCCCGACUUUCGGCCGCAACCAAUCCAUUGACUAUCAAUCUUAAGACUGAGACUCAGAGCCAACAAGUGAUUGAAUCGGAACACAAUGUGAGCCAAAAUGACGACCAAAACAGUGAUCUCUUCUCUGAAGAAUCGAGUGAUGAGUUGUCCGAAGAAGAAGGAGAAGAGGACGAGAAGGAGAAGAAAAAGAAGAAAAUCACUUUUGUUGAGCCGAAGAAAGCGCUGCCGAAGUCUGUGGUCGACGACGUGUUCUUCAAUUUGCAUGAAAUGCACGCUUUUUUAGACACCGAAGAUCUCAAAGAAGAGAAGAAAAUGUCCGCAAAUGAUAAACAAGAGGAAGAGGACAGCGAUGGAGAUAAUGAAGACGACGACGAUAUCGACUAUUUUAAGGGAUCAGAGGAUGAAGACGAGGAAGAAGUUGAUUCCGAUGGCAGAGACGCCAUGUUUAAUGACUUCUUUGAUCCACCGAUUGGUGAAAAUGUUGAGAAAGUGAAUCAAUUAGGAAGUGAUGGCGAAUCUGAUGAAGAAAGCGAUGGAGACAUUGAUGCAGGCAUUGAUACCAGAGAUGUUGACAUAAAUGAUCUUAAAUUGAAUGAAAAAGACAGUAAAAACAUAGACAUCGCUCUGAAUGAUGGCAGCAGUGAUAGUGACUCUGAAGACGAACCCUUUUAUAAGAAGAAUACCAAACAAACCAAUGAUUCAAACGAUACCUCAAAGUCUGAAUUUGAGAGAAUCCAAGAAUCACUUAACGAAAAGAUCUCAAAACAAGAGAGACUUAAUCUGAUGAGCAAAUCGUGGCAAAUGAGAGGCGAAAUCUCUUCAGAAAAGAGACCAGAGAAUAGUCUACUCGAAGAACACCUGCACUUCGAUCACACGUCAAGACCGGCGCCACUCAUCACCGAUGAGACGACAUUUAAAUUGGAAGACAUUAUUAAACAGAGAAUUAAAGACAAUUCAUACGACGACUGCGUCCGCAAAGUGAAGCCCAAAGAGAAACCAUUUGAAUACCGAAGAAGACUAACCAUGGAAUCGGAAAAAAGUAAACAAAGUUUGGCUCAAAUAUACGAAAACGAGUACUUAAGACAACAGCAGACAGAGAAGGAGGACAACGAAAACACAGAACAGAAGAACAUUAAGAAACAAAUGCGAAAUCUAUUCAUACAAUUAGACUCGUUGUCGAGUUUCCAUUUCACUCCCCGUCCCGUUCAGCCCGACAUCAAAAUCAUUAACAAUAUGCCCGCCAUUACUGUCGAAGAAGUGACGCCUUUGGCCACCAGUGAAGUGUCACUAUUAGCGCCUCAAGAGGUGUUUAAUGCCCAGAAACGAGAAUUGCAAACAAAGUCUGAAAAGUCCGAAACCGAUCGAAAGCGCGACCGAAGAGUCAAAAAGAGUAUUCAAAGCAAAAAAUUUAAAUACAAUGAAAGCAAAGGAAAGGCAACGAUAAAGAAAACUAAAGAUUUAAACCCCUCUUCAGAUGUGAAACAUUUGAGUUCUUCGAAAGCGUUUUUCGAUAAAUUACAGGAAAACGUAACGCAAAAUAUUAGUAAAAAUAAAUCACCGAAAAAGUUAAAGAAAAUUACCAAACAAUCCAAUGAAUUGAAACUUUAA